AUGCUGGGGGCUGGCAAUAUGACAGAAGCUGACGUGGCAGGGAGUGUGGGAGCUGCCGUGCUAAGUACACCGCUCAGGGCACGCCACAGGGCAGGGCGCAUCCAUCCCACCGCUGCCACCAGCACCUGCGGCUCGUCUCACAGGAGCCAUUCUCCGUACCCUCUCCUACCCGCUCCACUCACUCCCCCAUCCCAUCAGGACCGGCAGCGCAUAGAGAGAGAGCUCUUCCACGGGCGCCUCCGUGCCGUGGCAGCAACAAGCGCAUUGGAGCUACGAAUGGACGUGGGUACCCUAGACGCCACUCUCCACCUCGGCUUCCACCGCUCCACCGCUAUCCUCUGGGAGCAGGCCAGCCGGGCAGGCCACAGGGAAAAGGCGUCUCUUUAUAUCUACGUUGCCUUCGACGGGCCUCUGGAUCAGUACUUCAUGGCGGCUCCUGACAGGCUGUUCUCGCGGCCAAUCGAGCGCUUCCAGCUGGACGCGGAGAAUCCCCUGGUGAUGCGGCAGCAGCUGCAGCGAGAAUCCCCUGGUGAUGCAGCGGAGAUGCCGCUAAUGGAGGAUGUGGAUGGGAGGUUCUUUGGCCCGUCAUUGGCCGACAGGAUUGCUGAGCUGGCAGGGAGGGGUGCGCUCGGGAGGAGUCCGGAGAAUCCCAAGGUGGACUGUGGGUGGAGGUAUAUUGGGGCGGGGAAGCGGCUGGCGUUGUUUGUCCCGGUGCGGGCGAUCGACCCAAACACGUAUGCGGUGGUGGAGGCGAGGACUGGGAGGGUGCCGGAGGAGAUCGAAGAGAGCAAGGCAUUCUCUGCGCUGUACGAGGGUGCAGAGUACCUGCAGCAGGGGCGAACCUUCCUGGUGACUUCCCUCGAUCUUGAGAAGCGGGAGGCGCGAUGUGUGCGGGCUGAUGUGCGAUAUUACACAAAGACGAUCGACAUGGUCACCGUGACUAUAAAGGGGGGCACUCUGGUGAGCACAUAG